AUGACUUCAGGGAGUGACAUGAACGAGGUGCUAAUAACCGAAAUACAGGCACGACCGCCAUUGUGGAAUACGAAAUUGGGAUCGUAUAAGGACAAAAAUUUAAGGGAUCGUCUGUAUGCUGAAGUGGCUGAAAUUUUAGGUAUUUCAAAAUUGUUAAUAGAGGCGGUUAGAAAUUCUAAGUUCCUAUGGGACAUGACUGAUAAAAGGUACCAUAAUCGACUGUUGGUGGAUAGGGAGUGGACGAAAAUAGCUAAAGAAUUAGGGGAAACAAUACCGUCUUCACGAAAACGUAAAGCUAAAACACUACAAAAUCACACACUUGAGACAAGAAAACUUGAUGCUUUAAUAAGAGCAGAUGAUGACGAUGAGGACAUAAGUUUUUUUAAAUCGCUUUUACCGCAUGUCCAAAAGCUUCCCUCGCUGAAUAAGUUAAACUUUCGAACUCAAGUGCAAAAUCUGCUGGUACAAGAAUUAACUAAGCUUCAAACGCCGCCUAUUUUCCAAUAUUCAAAUAAUGAAUCGCACUCAAGCACUACAGUAUCUACACCACUCUGUUCGCCUCACUCUUCAGCCUAUAAUAGUGGUCAAGAAACCGGUUCAGGAAAUUAUUUAAGAUACGAAUAUUUACCUUAA